AUGGAUGGCUCUGCACAUGACACCCGGGGCAAGGCCCGAGCACGGCUACACAAAGCUCCCCGGACCGUAGAUCCUUUGGCGCCGGCAAAACCCAAUGGAAGCCUUGCUACGGGCACCGACAAGUCACGCGCCACGACUCACUGCAAGAACUGUUCCACGAUGCGGAGGCAGGCAAAGUCGACUUUUCUUCGGGGGGAUCCGAUGCUCGGCAAACCAUCCGUAAAGGCUCGCUUUUGGCUGGCUGAAAAAGAGUUAAAGGCUCGGACAACUGUCCACUGUACUACGGUGAGGAGGAAUCUGGUUACGUACUUCUGUGUUCGUGCAGAAGCACAAAAGGGGGGGUUGCGCAAGUGUGGCAUCCUGCCGCCACAGCGCCACGCCGCCACCUUUGGCCUGUUUGGGACUAGCGGGGCACACAGACCCAGGGGUAGGUUUUCAUUAGGCAACGCAAAAACUCCAAUUCGUCUGGUGCUUGAAGGUGUUGAAGGUGUCGACGGCAGCGCGCCUGGCUGUGAUCAACAAGUCAGUGUAGAGUGUGGCUCACACCCUCAAGCACCAACUCUGCCAAUGAUGCCGCCAAUGAUGCCGCCAAUGAUGCUUCUGGCUGCUGCUGCUGCUGCUGCUGCUGGUGGUCAAUUCCGCUUCUUGUUGGGUUUUCCCCUGGCGACCGCUCUCGACCCCACUCGGUGUCAUGAAAAUGAAGCUGACGUGUAG